CGGAAGCCACUCUACCUCACCAAUAUUGAUGCAGGAAAGCAACUUCCACCAUGAGAGAGAGCCGUGAACGCCUCAAUGUCAGAUAUAUCCAUACCUUCCAGGUCUUCAGAGGCUCUGUAAGGGCUUCUUAGAAAGAGAGCGGAGGAAAACAACAAGGAGUUUUGUUUGUUUUUCUGGGUGGAGGGGUGCUGAGAAACAAUGCUUAUGAAGAGCAGCAGGAAUAUUCAGAAAGAUCAAAAGACCCGGAGUGCCCCAAUGAUUGGAGUCUCUAAUCUGCAUGCAAGGUUGAACACCAUGGGAUUAUUUGGUUUGGAUUCAUCCAGUAGUCCUACAUCUCCUUUAGAUCACAAGGUCCUCUCAAAUGCUGGAGGCCCUUGUGUUAGCUCCCCUAGAUCGCCAGUCCUUGAUGGGCAUCCAAAGAACAGUACACACCGCAACAAGGUUGGGCUUGGCUUGGUAGAUUCUCUCACUGAUGAGGUCAUGCCUCUUGGAAAUGUUUUAAGGUUUUUCCGAGAGUAAGAAAGUAGUAUUAGGAUCAAAGAUUGGGAUACAAAUCCCAGGUCCCAAGACCCUUUCGGUUAAAAAUGUUUUGUUAGAUAAUCCUUCAAUAACGGCUCUCAAAUCAUUACCUGAAAACAAUGGGAGUUCUCUGCAAGCACCUGCUGAUUGCUUCCAUCUCAGAAUUGGUCAGCAAAAGACUGAGCUAGAAUCCGAAAUAGCUGGAAUGCAGAGUGAGAAUGGUGGUAGUAUUGAUGGGGAUAAUCAGAAGUUUAAUUCUGAAAUUUCUGAGUCGGAGACAAAGAAUUCAACGUCAGAUUCUCUGACUAUAUCUAAUGAUUCUUCUUGUGAUUUUAUCGGUUCUCUCUCUAUCAGCGAUAUCGAGCAAUCUGAAGACUACACCUGCAUUAUUUCACAUGGUGAUAACCCGCGAACAACUCAUAUCUUUGGGGAUUGCAUAUUGGAGAGCCAAGUUGAUCGGUCGCCUGAUGGUAAGCAUAAGCACAGGGAAGAUAGGGGAGAGUCUCCCUGGGAGGUUAAGCCUUCUGAAGAAGUGCCACUCCAUUCCAGGACUGAUUUUUUGAGCUUCUGUUAUUCAUGCAAAAGGAAACUGAAAGAAGAGGAUGAUAUUUACAUUUACAGAGGUGAGAAAGCUUUUUGCAGCUGCGAAUGCCGAGCUCAAGAGAUUCUAAUUGAAGAGAAAAUAGAUAGCAUAUGAUAGAUUCUUCAGAUUCUCCUGGUUCAUCCUUUCAGGAGGACAUCUUCAUGGAGGAUGAUUGGAACUACGUGAGCUCGAGGAUUGCUUGUCCAUUCCCACUGGUCACCGAAUGAGGAAGGUGGCCGCAUAGAGAAUUUGACCGAGCUUUAUAUAUGAAUAACCAGUGGCUAAGGAUGAUCACAAUGGAAAUUCAAUUGUUUGCUAACGUCUCUGCAUUUACAGUGCUAUUAGUGGGUUUGCCUGGAAAUUCUCUCUUUUCCAUCUCUUUUUAAGUUCCAGAAUUUGAAUUAACGAUAGGAAUUGUCUUCCGUCCAGUAAUUCUGAUAAAAAAGACUAGCUACUGUAUGGGAUUCUGAA